AUGCCUCUCGUCGUUCCUGGUAUCAACUCAACUUCUGGCGACAAAGCCGAGGAGUGGCAGAACAAGCUCAUCGGCAAGAAGCUUUCCGAUGACGAGGCUUCCACCGAGACGGUGUUUGCCAAGCGAGAUCUUCCCCAGGAGACGCGCAUUAUUGAGCCCGGAAUGAUGGUUACAAAGGACUUUAAGGAAGACAGACUCAAUGUCCACCUCAAGGAUGACGGAACUGUCUCACAUGUCGUCAAGGGUUAA